UCUAGUAGGUGGCGGCAAUGCAACAUAUUGGAUGUCAACCGCCGUUAAUCCUCAUCGAAGAAGAAGUUAAAACUCCAUCGAAGAAGAACGCAUCCAACAUUUUUAGCUGGACGCAUUGGUUAUAUGCAAUUACUCUACUUUCUCCUUAACCACUUCACUGAAUCGGUUCUGGGGAAAGGACAAUGACCUCGUUAGUGGCCUAUGAUGAUUCUGACCAGGAGGAUGGUGACGGAGCACUCCCUCAUCUUGCCAACUGUCCCAUGGAUGAUAUCAGGCAGUCCCAAGGAAACCAGAAAUGGUUGGAUUCUAACUUCUACGGACCAUUAUUACCCAGUCCCCAUGACAAACAACUGGAAAUAGGACAAUGUGGUGAUGGUAGGACAGUGUCUGAACCUCACAGGGAGAUUUAUCCCCUUCCAUUGGGUCUCUCAGGGGUUGUGGAGAACAGCUCAAACUCAAAACCAUACUCUGCUCCACAAUACUGUGUUAAUUUGGCCACAGCGAAGAGGCAUCAGGCUGCACCACCUGGUGUCUCGCCAUACAUUCCUAAGAGACAGAGGUUGGCCACACAAGGAACGAGAGAAGAACCAACCUCUUUGGAAACGAAUGAUAAGUCCACUGUCUCCAGGCUGCUGACAGAGGUCUCUGAGAGGGUGCGUCCGUACCUGGGGCCCAGGCCUGGCAGGGCAGCGGUGCCCAGGUGCAUGCAGCUCAGCCUCCAGGCCCACCAGGCUCCAAUCAACAUGAUCCAGUGGUGCCCAGUGCCCCAGCUCAGCCAUCUCUUACUGUCUGCCUCCAUGGACAAGACUGUCAAGAUUUGGGAUGGUGCAGAGAGUGGGCAGUGCCUGCAGGUAUACUCCUCCCACUCGGGGGCGGUGCGAGAUGCCUGUUGGUCCCCCUGUGGGCGACGCCUCCUCACCGGCUCCUUUGACAACACGGCCAUGGUGACGGACGUGGAGACAGGACAGCAGAUCGUGAAGGUGGGGAACCAGUUCAAGGUGAUGUGCUUGGCAGUGCAGCCCAACGAUCCUGAAGUGUUCCUGUGUGGGGGUUACAGCGCAGAGGUCAAGGCCUGGGAUGCCCGUACCUGCAAGGUGGAGAGGGUGUACAGGGCACGGAUCCAGCAGACUCUGGCCAUCCUGUUCCUGACCGGGGGCAGGGAGUUUGUGACCAGCAGUGACUCGGUCAGCCGGGACUCUGCCGAGCGCACGCUCAUUGCCUGGGACUUCCAAACCACCGCUAAGGUCUCCAAUCAGAUCUACCAUGUGAAGAAGCCGGAUAAGGAGGUCCUGUGUUGGCGUGGUUACACGGCCAAAUUCUCUAAAAUGACAUUGGAGGCGGCUUAGAAGUUAACAUUCAAUUCUCUGACAAGUGGACAUUUUUGCAGUCAACAUGCCAAAUGCACACUCCCUCAACUUGAGACAUCUAUGGCAUUGGGUUGUGUGACACAACUGCACAUUUAGGUGGUCUUUUGUUCCCAGCACAAGGUGCACCUGUGCAAUGAUAAUGCUGUUUAAUCGGCUUUCUUGAUAUGUCACACCCGUCAGGUGGAUGGAUUAUCUUGACAAAGGUAAAAUGCACAUUUUUGAGAAAUAAGCUUUUUGUGCAUAUGGGAAGAUUUCACGAUGCCUCGUGAAACAUAGGACCAACACUUAAUAUGUUGUUUUAUAUUUUUGUUCAGUAUAUAAUGUUGAUAUCAUGGAUGGUAAGUCCUUGCAUCCAUAACUAUGUCUAUGAAUUUGAGUAGUUACAUUUUUCUAGCCUCUAUCCUUCAGCUUUUUACUAAAACAGUAACCGGAUGCGUUGCUUUGUUUCAACUGCAGAUUGCCACUUUAAAGCUCUUGUUUUUGUUUUCCAUAAUAGUUGGAUACUACAUUUUUCCUCUCCCUGUAAUGUAUGUCAAUGUCGGUCCAUGCAGCCAUAUGUCUUAUUGACUAUUUAAGUGCAUGUGGGUGGUUUUUAUAGCAGAAAAUACAGAUGGUAUCAUUUGAGUAUGAAUGCCAAGCCAGUUGAAUGCUUUCUGACCUUCUCCCAUUCACUUGAUUGAAUCCAGGAGCGGUACACGUGCCCCAGCCUAGCCCUUCACCCCCAGCAGGACUCCUUUGUAGCGCAGAGCAAUGGCAACUACAUGGCCCUAUUUUCUGCCCAGCGGCCAUACAGAAUGAACAAGAGGAGGCGGUAUGAAGGACACAAG